GUGGAGCCGUGCGGAGGGUCCCGUCCCGCCCCCUGCGGGCAGCGCGGCCUGAGGCCGAGGGCGCGGCCCAACCGCCGGCGGCGCUCGGGGGGCGGCGGCCGCUGCAGCGGGAGCGCUCCUUUGGAGAUGUAACGUCUGCUGAACUACAGAGAAACGAUGAGAAGUGUGCUGCAGUAGUUCUCGAGGUCUGCGCUCCUCUGCUCCAGAGGCAGAAACUCGUGUGGUUCCUGUGCGGAAAAGCCAUCGGUGAGGACGCUAUGAAGUCUAUGAAGUAGAUCAGACGUGAGGGACCUUGAAAUGAAGGGAAACAGUCUGCUGCUGUAGCCAGCAACUUUCUCUUGAGUGGAAGGCACAACAGCUUGGUAAAAGACACUAUAAGCUGGCAGGAUGAGUUCCAGCUCACCCUCUGCACAUGACUUAUACCACAGCAGCACUACAACAACUAAACCAGAUGCAGGGACAACUCUGGAUGCAACUGUACCAGAAACAGCUACUGCGAGCCCUGAGACUACGAGCUUCAACAGCACCAAAAUCCCAGACGUGGCCAGCAAUGGGCCCGGCAUGAGCACCAUGCUGCUGUCCUUCGGGAUCAUUACUGUGAUUGGGCUGGCUGUAGCUAUGGUUCUGUAUAUCAGGAAGAGGAAGAGGUUGGAGAAGCUACGGCACCAGCUCAUGCCAAUGUACAACUUUGAUCCCACUGAAGAACAGGAUGAACUGGAGCAGGAGCUCCUUGAACAUGGGCGAGAUGCAGCAUCUUCCCAGGCAUCACAGAGCAAGUUCCAGAAGCAGGAAUUCUCCCCAACAGGCCUCAGUUUUCACAUGUUUGACACUUUCAGAUUCUGCUGACGAGUCAAGGAACCCUCCAAAGACCCAGCCGUCUUGUGUUCACAGACGUUGCCAAUGCCAUCAAUGCAUGAACAGCACCUGCCCCUGCUCUGGGAUUGUGCCGAGAUUGGGGACGAUGGAGCCACCAAACCAGAGACUUCUCACAAGUGUGGCUGAGUCACAGAGCCCAGCUGGUCACGCUGCUGGGUUGUGUUGCAGAUGGGCACACGCACUGGGAAUAGACACCACUUGGGAAGGAAACCCUUUGUGAUGGCAGUAGCAGUUUUUGGUGUGUCCAUUACUACUACAAGGUCCUGAGCUGCUGUGCUGCUCCAGGUUCCGGGCUGGUGCUGACUGACACCAUCUACCAAGCUGUGUGCUUAGAAAUAGUGCUCACUGUUGUAGAUUAACUUACCCGAGCACAUCUGUGUGCUCUCUGGAUCAAGGCAAGAGGAGACAUGCAUGUUCCAGACAGCUUACCUGUUGGCUUUGUGCCACCAGUUCCCAACGAGAGCAGUGAAUGAGUCUCUGUGCAGCGACCACAGCAUUGGCAGAUGCUAGAAGGGUGACUGGUGACAGAGCCUUCUUCAGCUGGGGAAACUGGUGGUUUUAGCUGAGUGGUAAAUCAGAGGCACACAGGGGAAAACACAUACCGUGGGCUUUUCCCUUUGUGGCUUGUGUGAUGCUGAUGAAUGCAUGCCUGGGCUGGUACUGCAGCAUGGGAAAUUCACUAGUUCUAAAAUGUGAAAUGGUGAACAUCUGGUUGGUAACACCCUAACUGAGGAAGUGGCCAAAUAUCCCAAAUUAAGGCUGCUUUGUAGAAAGAGGAGGAUCCACAGGGCUGGCAGCAGGGCUGCCAUGUCUGGCUAUGUGACUCCCUACUGCUGACCUAGGAAUGGUGGUGCCUGCACCAGAGAGAGGAGUCAAGCAGAACUGGGGCUCUGGUACCACAUCUCCUGCCUGCUUCAGCUCAGGGAAGUUUUACUCAGCAGAGAGAAUAUUAAGCCUUGAACUUUUGAAUGAGGAAAAAUGGGUCUUGGCUCUAUGUUACAGUGUCUGGCCAGAGGUGGCUGAACAUCUGGUUACUUCCUUACCUGAUAGACCUGCAGAGUAUUCUCCCUGCUGAUGUUACUUGCUAAUGCAGAAGGUGUGUCAUGGCAGGUAAGCCAGUAGCUCUCCUGUAAGCCCAAAGCAACUCUCAGCCAGUGUUCCCUUCAGGUCUGUGGGAGGGGAUGCACAGGGGACUCUGGUUAUCUUGGUGUGCAGCGUGAGCACUGUUCUCUGCAACCUUUUUGGUGGCCACCAGCCCACGAUGCUGCUGGCCAGCACAGGGACUAGGAAAUGUUAGCCUGGUCUGUGCUGUGCUCUCACAAUGCAAACACAGAGCAUGGCAGAAAGGGCUGCUCGAGGGUCCGGUACAGCCAUGGGCAGAUGCCACAUCCUCCUAUUCCAUCCACAGUGCUAAUUAACAGGGAAUCAGGGCCAGCCAAAAUUUGGAUGCAGAUCUACAGGUGAGCUGUUUGUAAGGAGGGGUUUCACCAGUGGCAAUUCAGGUAACAGAUGCUUUGUUGCAAUUUUGGGCCUCCAGGUUAGUUUUUGCUCUCCUAAGUGUUGUGUUUUGCUCCCCACCGUGAUUUUUCUUCUUUCAAACCCUUUUCUGGGCACAUGCCACUGACCCCUGCAGGGCACAGCUCAGCAGCCCUGCCUUCUUCAUUGACCCAGCUUCUCUCUUGACAUUUUUGCAGGACUAAGUUGCUUUAAUUUUUCAGUCUCUCUUCCUUUUCUGAAAGGGAAGUAUAGAAGUGUCAGCACCUGUAGAAAAUUGUCUGUCCUCAACACCUGGCAAGGUAUGGCGGGAGGCAUUCCCAGGCUGCCGGUGUUGGCACUAGGGGGAGACCAUUGCAAGGAGGACAUGGGCAGAGAUAGUCCAUGUAAUCUAAGUUUGGAGGCCACUGUCUUUGGGUCUUAGGUGAGCAGCUAAAAAAGCAGCCACGUUCCGCAGCCCUCCUCCUCCAAGUGCUCACUGAGAACAACCAGCUGCAGAGACUUCAGAUUCCUCUCUUCAUCAUUAGGUACCCAUUGCCUGUCACACUCCUGUGCUCUGCUGCAAGUCAGGGACACAAGUGGUGGCAGUGGUGCAUGGCUGUCCCAACCUGCCAGCAUUCAAUCCCUCUAAUUCUGAGACGAAGCUUGUGUUGUUGUCAUCAUACACUCCACAAAAGGCAACCUAUGCCGGGCUGUCUCCUCAGACCACUGUGCAGUUCUGAGCAGCUCAUGUGCCAGCUGCAAUACAAAACCACACACCUCGUUCUGUGUCAGUGCUGAGAUAAACCUCGUACAACAAACACUCCUGCAGAGGAAUUCCCUUCAACUCUUCUUCCUGCAGCAGUAGGUUUUGUCCUGUAACGACUGCUCUUGGGUUAAAGAAGUAUGGGAAAUAAGACUAAAAGAAUAUUGUGGGUAUUUGCUGGGCUUGUACUGGAGUAUUCUUGUAGUUCAGUAGCACCUUCGCUCACAGUCCUUGGAAGUAUAUGUGCAGCCUAGCAAAAGCAUUCUGAUGUCAUUGAAUUCAAGUGUUCUGUGUUUUAAGCAUUGAAAUAUAAAGAAAGAAUUUACACGAAA